AUGGAGACUUCGGAGAGUCCGGAUUACUUUUACUACCAUGAAAACUUCACCUUCAACAUCAGCUAUGACGACUACCCUUCUCUGUGUGAAAAGUCCGACGUGCGUUCAUUCGCUAGCCUCUUCCUCCCCAUUGUGUACUUGCUGUGCCUCAUCCUUGUGACAAAGUGCUUGGCCCUCACUCACUGCUGCAUCAACCCCCUCCUCUACACGUUUGUGGGAUCCUCGUUCAGACGACAUCUCGUGAAGGCGGCCAAACGCUUGGGAGAAAACAACAGGAGCAGACGCCAGAGGGCCGAAGAGAUGUCAUUUGACUCUCAAAGCGAGUCGCAACAGACCAAUUCCUUUUCAAUUUAA